AUGGAAGACUGGGAAGGAAACAAAGCCUAUGCAAAAUAUGAAGCAUUCUCGAUCGGCGAUUCUUCAACAAAUUAUCAUUUAACGGUUGGCCAAUACAGUGGAAAUGCUGGAAAUUCUUUAGGAGAUUCCAUCCAUCAAGGACGACCCUUCACAACUAAAGACGCAGAUCGUGACACAGCAUCUGAUAACUGUGCUGUGACUUUUAAGGGAGCGUUCUGGUACGGAGCUUGUCAUGCAACAAAUUUGAAUGGACUUUAUAUCAAAGGAGGAAAUGCGAAAUAUGGAAUAUCUGUGGUCUGGAAAACUUGGAAAGGCUAUGAAUACUCUCUGAAGUUUGUUGAAAUGAAAAUGAGGCAAAAGCAGUAG